CGCGCACGCGCGCGCGCGUUCCGGUGUCCUAGGCAGGAGCUGGAGACAAGCGACCGGCUGUGGGCCAGGCUCUGAGAGAGCGCCGUGAGCCGGAGAAGCGGGACCCUGCGAGGCUACAGCUGGCGUGGGCCUGGCCCCCUCUCCGUCGGCGGGCCGGGCCACGUCGCCAAGCCCAGAGGCUGGACUCCCGGGGCUGAUGGCCAUGGGCGGGAGCUGGAGACAACAGCGGCAAAGGCAGCGGCAGCGGCCGGCCCCGCGGGCGGGGAGCCGUGUGGCCCACGGCCCCUGACAGUCCCAGACGGCCCCGGCGGGCAGGCGCGCUCCCGCGCCUCCUGGGGUUGGGGGGGGGCGUAGCCAGGCAACGCCCGGCGCGCCCGCCCAUCCCCCGCCGCCCUUUUUUCCCCUGACUGGGUGCGAAGGAGCAUGCCUGUGUCUGGCCUCGGCCAGCAAAGAGUUAAGUCUAGAGGCUUGGAGCGGCCUUCCUCUUGGGGGCGUGCCCCCCUCCCCCGCUAGGCGGCCCGGCCCCCCGGGGUAAGGUAUGGCCCCGGGUCCAGGCCCGGGACCAAUGGUCCCACGCACUGGCCAGUGAAAGAUACCUUCCUCUUCCCGCUCUCCUCUUUCCCUCGCCGGCCAGCACCAUGGGAUGUAAUAUGUGUGUGGUCCAGAAACCGGAGGAGCAGUACAAAGUGAUGCUUCAGGUGAACGGAAAGGAGCUCUCCAAGCUGUCUCAGGAGCAAACCCUAGAGGCCCUGCGUGCCUCCAAGGAGCCCCUGGUGAUCCAGGUGCUGAGACGCAGCCCCCGUCUGCGGGGGGACAGCUCCUGCCAUGACCUUCAGCUGGUGGACAGUGGCACUCAGACCGACAUCACCUUCGAGCAUAUCAUGGCGCUGGGCAAGCUGCGCCCGCCCACCCCACCCAUGGGCAUCUUGGAGCCGUACGUCCUCUCUGAGCUCCCCCCCAUCAACCAUGAGUAUUAUGACCCAGCGGAGUUCAUGGAGGGCGGCCCGCAGGAGGCAGAGCGAAUGGACGAGCUGGAGUACGAGGAGGUGGAGCUGUGUAAAAACAGCCACCAAGACAAGCUGGGCCUGAUGGUGUGCUAUCGCACAGAUGAGGAGGAGGACCUAGGCAUCUACGUUGGAGAGGUAAAUCCCAACAGCAUUGCAGCCAAAGAUGGCCGGAUCCGUGAGGGAGACAGAAUCAUCCAGAUUAAUGGAAUGGAUGUCCAAAACCGAGAGGAGGCAGUGGCCAUCCUGAGCCAGGAGGAGAACACCAACAUCUCUCUGCUGGUGGCCCGACCUGAGAGCCAGCUAGCAAAGCGGUGGAAAGACAGUGACAGAGAUGACUUCCUAGAUGACUUUGGAUCUGAGAAUGAAGGGGACCCUCGUGCUCGGAAGCUAAAGUCACCCCCUGUCCAGCAGAUUGGAAAUGAUGAGAAGGGGGCUCCUGAUGGGGGCCCAGGCUUGAACAACAGCCAAGACCUGGACAGCGGGGUGGGCCGGACUGAUGAGAGUACCCGAAAUGAAGAGAGCUCUGAACAUGACCUGCUGGGGGAUGAACCUCCCAGCACCACCAACACCCCUGGAAGCCUGAGAAAAUUUGGUCUACAAGGGGAUGCCCUACAGAGCAGGGACUUCCACUUCAGCAUGGAUUCUCUGUUAGCUGAGGGGGCAGGGCUGGGAGGGGCUGACCUACCUGGGCUCACUGAUGAGGAGUAUGAACGCUACCGGGAGCUGCUGGAGAUCAAGUGCCACCUGGAAAAUGGCAACCAGCUGGGCAUCUUCUUCUCCCGGGCCUCCAGUGGCAAUAGUGCCCUAGAUGUCAACCGCAAUGAGAGCCUAGGCCAUGAGAUGGCCAUGCUGGAGGAAGAGCUUCGGCACCUAGAGUUCAAGUGCCGCAAUAUCUUGCGGGCACAGAAGAUGCAGCAGUUGCGGGAGCGCUGUAUGAAGGCCUGGCUGCUGGAGGAGGAGAGUCUCUAUGACCUGGCAGCCAGUGAGCCCAAAAAGCAUGAGCUGUCUGAUAUCUCUGAACUGCCAGAGAAAUCAGACAAAGAUAGCACCAGCGCUUACAACACUGGGGAGAGCUGCCGCAGCACUCCACUUCUUGUGGAGCCUCUUCCUGAGAGCCCGCUGAAGCGAUCUGCUGCUGGCAAUUCCAACUUGAACCGGACCCCUUCUGGCCCUCCUGUCACCGCCCACCUCAAGGGGGCUCCUUCACCAGGGAGCCCAGCUAAGUUCCGAUCACUCUCUCGGGAUCCUGAAGUGGGCCGGAGACAGCACACAGAAGAGCGCGUCCGCCGGAGCACCAAGACAAGUGUUACUCUGGAGCGUGUGGGCCCUGAAGGCAGCCCUUACCUCUCCAGGCGCCAUCGUGGCCAGGAGAUUGAGCAGUACCACAGCUGUGUGCAGUUGGCCCCACCACGCACCCUGGAGGAUCUUGGCCAUGGCUCCUUGAGCUUGGCUAGUGGUCCUCGGGUGGGUGGGGUGGUGGCUGCAGCUGUUGAAGCACCCCGAAUGGAGUGGAAGGUGAAGGUACGAAGUGAUGGAACCCGCUAUGUGGCCAAGCGACCUGUGCGAGAUCGGCUGCUGAAGGCCAGGGCCCUGAAGAUCCGAGAGGAACGCAGUGGUAUGACCACUGAUGACGAUGCAGUGAGUGAGAUGAAGAUGGGCCGCUACUGGAGCAAGGAAGAGAGGAAGCAACAUCUGAUCCGAGCACGGGAGCAACGGAAGCGGCGUGAGUUCAUGAUGCAGAGCCGUCUGGAAUGUCUAAGGGAGCAGCAGAAUGGUGACAGCAAACCUGAGCUCAACAUCAUUGCGCUGAGCCACCGUAAAACCAUGAAGAAGCGAAACAAGAAGAUCCUGGACAACUGGAUCACCAUCCAGGAGAUGUUGGCCCAUGGUGCCCGCUCAGCUGAUGGAAAAAGGAUCUACAACCCUCUGCUCUCUGUCACCACUGUCUGAGCUGCUCCAGCAGGAGCCCAGCCCAGGUCUAGAAAGCCUGACCCUCACCCUCCCUUAGAAUCUAGUGUGUGUUGAUGUGUGUGCUUGCACGCUGUGCUCAUGCACACUCCUACCUGUAUGUUAUGUGUGCACAGGUCCUUGGUAAUAGAAAGCCCCAAGAAGGGACACUUCUCUUACACCUAGUUCCUUUUCCCCAAGAAGCUAUGCUAACAACCAACAUAGAGGCAUACCCAUAAAGGGCACCUCUUUGUGUAUACACAUGGUAUUCUUGCUAUGUUCUUGGAGACAGGGAAAUCAGUGCAGAGAGGUGAGGUGGACUAUCCUAAGCACAAGAGAAUGUCCAGCUUCCUGCUGAGCAUGACCUCUCCCCUCCUAGGAGCUGCAAUUAUUUGUAGACAAAGGCAACCUUGAAUUUUGUGGUUUUUCUUCUUUUCUGUGCUUGCCAAUAGUUGUUUUGUGGGCCUGCUCUGGGGGCUGGCAGCUCCUUUAGGCAGCCUGACAAAGGUGGACCCCACCUAGUGCUGGCUGGGAAGGAGGUUGCUGGGAGGAAA